AUGGGGAACCGCAGCGCCGCGGACGCGGACGCGCUGCUGGCUGGGCGAGGGCCGGCGGCGGGCGGCGGCGCGGGGACCCCCGGGGCGGCGGCGGCGCUGGCGGGGGGCGUGCUGCUCAUCGGCGCGGUGCUCGCGGGGAACUCGCUCGUGUGCGUGAGCGUGGCGGCCGAGCGCGCCCUGCAGACGCCCACCAACUACUUCAUCGUGAGCCUGGCGGCCGCCGACCUCCUGCUCGCCCUGCUCGUGCUGCCUCUCUUCGUCUACUCCGAGGUGCAGGGCGGCGUGUGGCUGCUGAGCCCCGGCCUCUGCGACGCGCUCAUGGCCAUGGACGUGAUGCUGUGUACGGCCUCCAUCUUCAACUUGUGCGCCAUCAGCGUGGACAGGUUCGUGGCCGUGGCCGUGCCCCUGAGCUACAACCGCCAGAGCCGGGGCGGCCGUCAGCUGGUGCUCAUCGGCGCCACGUGGCUGCUGUCGGCUGCGGUGGCGGCGCCCGUGCUGUGCGGCCUCAACGACGCGCACGGCCGCGACCCCGCCGUGUGCCGCCUGGAGGACCGCGACUACGUGGUCUACUCGUCCGUGUGCUCCUUCUUCCUGCCCUGCCCGCUCAUGCUGCUGCUCUACUGGGCCACCUUCCGCGGGCUGCGGCGCUGGGAGGCCGCCCGCCGCGCCAAGCUGCGCGGCCGCGCGCCCCACCGGACCAGCGGCCCCGGCCCGCCCCCCGACGCCACCCCGCCCCCCGGGCCGCCCUCCAACGCCAUCCCGCCCUCCGACACCAUCCCGCCUCCCUGCCAGCUGGCCCCCGAUGCCACCGCGUCCUCCGACGCCACCGCGCCCCCCGGCCCGAAGACUCUGGACACCGCUGAGCCCCCCACUCUGUCGGCCCCCGACGCCAUCCCGUCCCCGGGCCCACCGCCCCCUGAUGCCACCGCACCCCCCAGCCCACAGACUCUGGACGCCACUGCGCCCCCCGGCUCGCUGCCCCCCGACGCCAUCCUGUCCCCCGGCCCACAACCCCCAGGUGCAACCCUGCUCCCUAAUGCCACACCGCCCCCCGACGCCACCCCGACCCCCGACGCUGUCCCAGCCAAGCCCCCGCUGCAGGCCCGCAGGAGGAGGCGCGCCAAGAUCACCGGCCGGGAGCGCAAAGCCAUGAGGGUCCUGCCCGUGGUGGUCGGGGUCUUCCUGCUGUGCUGGUCGCCCUUCUUCGUCGUGCACAUCACGCGGGCGCUGUGUCCCGCCUGCGCCGUGUCCCCGCGGCUGGUCAGCGCGGUCACCUGGCUGGGCUACGUCAACAGCGCUCUCAACCCGGUCAUUUACACGGUCUUCAACGCGGAGUUCCGCACCGUCUUCCGCAAGGCCCUGCGCCUCCACUGCUGA